CCUAGCCCACUUUAAAAAGCCCAGUAGCUGAAAUCUUAACAAAAGGAGCGUCUUCCCUCAACUCCGAGCGAGAGAAGUUAUUAGGGUUUUUGAGUGCGGCGGUCCAAACACUCUUCUCUGCAGCUUUUGCCUACAACUCCCUUCACCAUGGCUGAACAAACCGAGAAAGCUUUUCUGAAGCAACCAAAAGUGUUUCUCAGCACAAAGAAGACUGGGAAGGGAAAGAGACCUGGAAAAGGUGGGAACCGCUUUUGGAAGUCCAUUGGGCUUGGAUUUAAGACUCCCAGGGAAGCCAUCGAAGGAACCUAUAUUGACAAGAAGUGCCCCUUCACUGGCAAUGUUUCCAUCCGUGGCCGUAUCUUGGCUGGAACAUGUCACAGUGCUAAGAUGAACAGGACUAUUAUUGUUAGAAGGAAUUAUCUCCAUUUUAUCAAGAAGUACCAGAGGUACGAGAAGAGGCACUCAAAUAUUCCUGCUCAUAUAUCACCUGCCUUCCGUGUGAAGGAAGGGGAUCACGUUAUUAUUGGUCAAUGCAGGCCUCUCUCUAAGACAGUGAGGUUCAAUGUCUUGAAAGUGAUCCCAGCUGGAUCUUCUAGUGGUGCAAAGAAGGCUUUUACUGGAAUGUGAGCUUCGAUUUCCAGUUUUUAUUGAAGAAAAAUGUUACCUUGUUAUUUAGUAGAUCUGAUUUCUUUUCUGGAAGGUGACAUAUUAAAACCUUAUCAAUUUUGGAUUUUCUUUGAGGUUUCGUUCUGGCUUUAUGUUUAGGAUUUUGUUAUACAUUAUGUUUUUCGAAUACUAUUUGCCUUUUAAUUUUUGAAACUAUGCAGACUCUUCAUUUGCUUUACCAGUAAUAUAUUUAGUUUACUCGGGUUUCUAAA